CGUCUGCGCUGCUGCAGUCGAGUGCGUGCAGGGCCGGACUGUCUCCCUAGAGUGCCUCCCCAUGCACACACGAGCAGAUCGCGUAGCAUCUCCUAUCGGCGUAUAAGCACGUACUCUCGCGUAUCUACGUCGGGCGAUAAGCGAGCAUUUUAGCAGAAGAGAAUUUCCGCGGCCGGCGCGUCGACUGCUAGCGCUACAAAGUAUACACAUCGGUGGGCUACCGAUGCAGGUAUAGCGAGAACCGAGCAGCGACAGAGCGAGAGAGAGAGAGAGAGAGAGAGAGAGAGAGAGAGAGAGAGAGAGGGAGGCGACGGUGGUGAUGGCAUCGGCGCGAAAAGGUUAGGAGUGGUGUGUGUGUGUGUGUAGGCUCGCUGGGCGCGUCAGGCUGCAGAUAGACAGGCAGGCAGAUCGUGUGCUGCCAGUGAGGAGUCGCGAGCGCGAGCGUGGACGGCUUAUUCGAUCGCGGACAGCGCGACUGACGAGUGCCAAUACACAGCAGUAGAUGAUGCCCCGUGCAGACGAGGAGCGACCGGGCCUCGAUGCCGCCGAGGUGCGCAGCGCCGUGCCCAAAUCCAGACAAGAGCUUCUUAAAUGGGACGGUUGGGGUUACAAAGAUUCCGCCUUCACAGUCAAUGAGAAGGAAAUCAUCGAGUUUACUGGAAGCAGGUAUCCGAUAGGCAACCAAGAGUUGCCCUACUUCACUAAAUGGGUCAAGGACAUGUUCCACGUGAACAUGGCCUGUCGCGCGGAACACAAGUCCAUUCCGCAAGACUACCCGGAGCCGACGAUCAGCGAUACAUUCCUCGAGGCGGUCAAGUCGCUGGGAGUGGACUACUCCGUCCAGGGCGUCGACCGCCUCAUCCGAGCGCACGGACACGCGCUGCGGGAAAUCUUCAUGCUGAAACGGGGCGUCUACAGGAGGAUACCGGAUAUCGUUAUUUGGCCGAAAUGUCACGACGACGUGAAGCGAGUGGUGCGAGCUUGCCUGGGCCACGGGGUGGCCAUCAUCCCGUUCGGCGGCGGAACAUCGGUCAGUGGAGCGGCCAACUGUCCGGAGAACGAGAGACGCACGAUCGUCUGCCUGGACACGACCCAGAUGAAUCGUAUUCUUUGGAUCGAUCGGGACAACCUGCUCGCCUGCUGCGAAGCCGGCAUCAUAGGGCAGGACCUCGAGCGCGAGCUCAGGCUCAGGGGACUCACCUCUGGCCAUGAGCCAGACUCCUAUGAGUUCUCUAGUCUCGGCGGAUGGGUGGCGACGCGCGCCAGCGGCAUGAAGAAGAACGUCUACGGCAACAUCGAGGACCUGGUGAUCAGGGUGCGCAUGGUAACGGGCCGCAGCGAAGAUCCCGAGGUGACCCUCGAGCGCGGUGCGCAAGUGCCGCGCGCCUCCACCGGCCCGGACUUCGACCACGUAAUCCUCGGCAGCGAGGGCACUCUCGGCGUCAUCACCGAGGUCGUGUUCAAGGUCCGGCCGCUGCCCACUAUCGUCAAGUACGGCAGCGUCGUCUUUCCCGACUUCGAGAGCGGACUCGGAGCUCUCAGAGAGGUGGCUCGGGAGCGGUGCCAGCCCGCCAGCAUCCGGCUGAUGGACAACGAGCAGUUCAAAUUCGGCCAGGCCCUGAGACCCGAGUCGAGCUGGCUCGGCACGAUCAUGCAGGGUCUGAAGCACGCGUACAUCAGCCACAUAAAGGGCUUCAGCUGGGACACGCUGUGCGUGGCGACGCUGCUCUUCGAGGGCAACUCGGCCAAGGACGUGGCGGCCCACGAGGCCAAGAUCUACGACAUCGCGAGGCGCCACGGCGGCGUACCCUCCGGCGAGACGAACGGCGAGCGCGGCUACACUCUCACCUUCGUCAUCGCUUACAUCCGCGAUCUGGGCCUCGACUACAACGUGGUCUCCGAGAGCUUUGAGACGUCGGUCGCGUGGAACCGGGCCUCGGCCCUCUGUCGCAACGUCAAGGCUCGCGUCGCCGCCGAGUGCCACGCCCGCGAGAUCCACCACUUUCUCAUCUCCUGCCGCAUCACCCAGACCUACGACUCGGGCUGCUGCAUCUACUUCUACAUGGGCUUCAACUACGAAAACCUGGCCGAUCCCGUCGCCACCUACGAGGCCAUCGAGCACUCGGCUCGCGAGGAGAUUCUCGCCUGCGGCGGCAGCUUGUCUCAUCAUCACGGGGUAGGCAAGAUGCGCGCGAGCUUCUACCCGGAGGCGGUGGGCGAGGCUGGCCUCUCGCUUUACCGAGCCACCAAGAACCACCUCGAUCCCAACAACAUAUUCGCCGCAGGCAAUCUCGAUCCCCUUGGCAAGCCGAAGCUCUAAGCUCGUUCGGAUGCUUUUUUGGCUGAUCGUUAUUACAUGCGAGCUCGUCUUUAUACACUCGACGUCCGACGCGUAUGGUUACAGAUAGUUUGUAGAAGCUAUUAUUCAGAAGAGGCGCCGAGGAGAGGCGAGCGUGGAAAACAAAGUUACCCCUGAAGAGGCUUCACGGAUACAGGAUUAAAGAUAUACCAGAGAAUGCGCAUUUCGAGCAAAUACGAAAUUUUAAUCUUACUGACACUUUUUAUAACUUAUUAUAAAUAAAGAACAAAGUUUUAAGAGAGAAAUAAGUUUCAUUACAAAAUUCGUCAUUCUCGCUUUGUCUUUACCAUUUUUCGGCUUUCAAAGUUCAGUUUUCCAUUCGCACUUGUUCAACUUUUCAAACUCACGCGCAUUGCGGUAAGUAUUUUUCUUUGUAAAAAAACCCUUUUUUUACUAUCUUAAUAGUUAUUGCUUUUUUCGUUACAACUGAGCUGCACAACUAGAAAUUCAUUCAUGUGCAUUAGGUAUGUAAAUGAAAUCAAUGAAAGCGCAAGUUUUGAACGCAUUGUUUACGAAGGCA